CUAGUGAGUUUGUUUCUCAAGUGCUGUUACUAGGGUCAAGAUGGAUCAGAACAUAUGUCCACCUAGUAACUUGUUUUUCAGAAGCUUUCAACCACAACUUACAGUUUUCAUCCGCAGGGUUAGUGAAAUAGUCGUUGAAAAAUAAUGGAGCAGUUCAGCAGCAGGAAGCCUUCAUACAUGAAAACCCUUGCUACUCUGACUGACUGUUCAUGGUUACCAUGACAACACCAAGCUCUACGGAGCUAACGUUAGCUACUUUGUUCUGCUCGGUCCAAGAGGUCCUGAAUUUGGUUGUCGUCCUGUAAAGACAAAGUCCUCAUCAUGUCUGACCUGCUUAAAGACAAAUCCCAAAGAAGAGAAAAGAAGACAGGCAAGUUGCCCUCAGAGGGAAGUCAUGGCGUCAGAGGCAAAGAAACAACUGGCAAGACUAAGGAUUCAAUAAGUACUGUGUCGUACAUGGAUGAACUAGCACACAAUGAUGACAACCCCCGGAUGACCAUAACAAUGGAGAACACCUACCAGAUGGACAUACUGAAGGAUGUACUCACCAGUUACCUCCAGGAGGAGAAAUAUGAAGGAGAGUGGUCUCAAAAAAUGACAAAAACAAUAUCUGAGGUGAUAAGAGCCCGUGUGAAGGACCUCAUGAUUCCCCGAUAUAAGAUUGUCGUCAUGGUCCACAUCGGCCAGCUCACCGGGCAGAGCAUGCAAAUCAGCAGCCGCUGUCUUUGGGAUGCAGCUAAUGACACUUUUGCCUCCUACUCCUUCAAGAACAGCUCUCUAUUUGGGCUGGCAACUGUCUACGCUGUUUACUUUGAGUGAAUCAUGCAGACAUUGAAUAGACUGUGAUAAGAACACAAGGGUCGCUUUAGUCAUGCAUUUCUCACAGUUACAAAAACAUUUGCUACUGUUGAAGAGUUCUUUAUGUUGUAUAUUUUUUCAUGUAUAAAAUGAUAAAACAAGAAUUUGUGAGUAAAAUUCAUUUAAUUUUUUUUAAUUUUUGGAAGCAUAGAAAAUUAAAUCACAUUAUCUUAACAAUGUUCUGAAGAUUUUAUUUUGGGCUAAAUUAAGACAGAUUGUUGAUGAUCAAUCCUAGGACCCUUGGGAUGUUCCCCUUUUAGCAGAGCAUGGAGAGCUCACUCCGUCGACAGCCUAGUUGACAGCACACUUUUAUUAGUGCCUGGUUUUGGUCCCG